AUGACGGAAGCGUCCAACUCAACUGAGCAAGCUUCUGGUACAGAGAGCGAAAGACCACGAACCGCUAGGAAACAUAAAAAUCCGGGGUAUUUCGAAUGCCCGUAUGUAAAUCUUAUUCCGGCAGUAUGUUUGUAUUCGUUUCGUUGUUCAUGUUGGCUUUCGUCUGGUAUUCUUUCUGUAGGUCUAAAGGCGAUUGACGCAAUACAGUGGGCAAUAAGUGAAUGGGAGAGUAAGACCUGCAUUCAGUUUGCGCGUCUUUCUCUUGCAGACAAUGACUUGAACAGCAAGCCUCAUCUCAAGAUAACAUCUAAUAAAUUAUGUCAUUCCCAAAUUGGACUUCAGGUCAAGGCAGGACCUCAGAUUUUGAGUCUGGGUCCUGGGUGCGAGGAGGCUGGUAUAGCAUUGCACGAAUUUGGCCAUGCUAUAGGAUUAUAUCACGAGCAUAAUCGAGAAGAUCGAGACCAAUAUAUCGAUAUUAUAUGGGAAAACAUCGAUUCAGAACAUAAAGAUCAGUUUAAAAAGUACUCUAGUGGACUGGUCGACAACUUUGGGUUGCCCUAUAAUUUGCAUUCAGUUAUGCAUUUCUCAGCCCAUACUUUUAGUGCCAACGGCAAUGUGACAAUUACAUCAAAAUCUGGAAGUAGGGAUAUUGGCAAUGCUGGAACACUGACACAAUUGGAUUGGACUUUUGAUAACGAUAUGUUAAAGCUCGAAGCUAAUGUAGACGAUCUAAUUCUUUUCAUUUUCCGAGACGUGAAUUGUUCGAGUAUCGAUACAUGCUUCAACGGAGGCAUUUUCAACUACGAUACUUGCCAAUGUUCGUGUCUACCAUACUGGACCAACGUGUCAUGUCAGACUUGUGGUCUGGUUUGUGAGAACGGAGGUACACCGAACGACGACUGCACGGAAUGUGUCUGUCCGGUGGGAUACGGAGGAACGUUCUGCAAAGAAUGCUUGUUUUCGUGUUUCAACGGCGGUCAACCGAAUGAUGAUUGUACUGCCUGCAAGAACUGCUCGACCGAUCAUUUGUCGCAAGCCGUUGUCGACCAUUCUCUCUACUGUAAACUUUGGAGUUUUCAAGGUUACUGUAAUCCGUCUCACUAUUUCUAUGCUACCAUGCGUCAACAGUGUCAUAAAACUUGCAAUUGUGGUAUAUGUCGAGACAUGGCAAAAAGUUCUGUUUGCAAAGAGUUUAAAAAGCAGGGACUUUGUUCCACACAAGGCAUGUUCGCGGACUACAUGAAGAAGGAGUGUAUCAUGACGUGCGGAUGGUGCUGAACAUCAAAUUCUCAAUUUGAAAACAUAAUCUAUUACAACCGUCCACCAACUGACUAAAUUAUGUUCUGUAGUUUACUGGUAGUCGCUCGCGUUUGAUGGUCUUGCGUACACAACACGACAACGAAAGAAGAGGACAACAGCAGCUAUCUCGUUGUAUUACUGUAUGGGUACAGGAUGAGAGGAAUCUAAA